UUUUUUGUGCAAAUAAAACAAUUAUAAUUAAACUGUUUAAACACGGUUUCGUUUAAUUUGUUAAAAUACUCAAAAUACUCAUUAAAAAUUUAUAAUAAUAAAAUAAUGUCAGAUCUCAGGGAAUGCCUACUAUUGGGUUUAGGGAACCCAUUGCUGGACAUCACAUGCAAUGUCGGCGAAGACUUUCUGAACAAAUGGAAACUCAAAGCUAACGACGCGAUUCUGGCGGACGAGUCGCACAAAAACCUCAACAAAGAGAUGGUCGACACCUACCGGUGCGAGUAUAUCGCUGGUGGCAGCUGUCAAAACACCUUACGGACUGUUCAAUGGAUGCUACAUAAGCCCAACAUCUGUACAUUCAUGGGCGGCAUAGGGGACGACCAUUUCGGGCGCCUUAUGUCCGAGAACUCUAAGGCUCAGGGACUCAACGCUGUCUACCGAAUCGAUAAGACUGUGCCCACCGGCACCUGUGCCUGCCUUAUAUCCCAGGGCAACACCUGUCGAUCACUGGUAGCCUAUUUGGGCGCCUCCCAAACCUUUGAUAUUCAGCACCUGUUGGCUAACUAUUCCUAUGUAGAAAAGGCCAAAAUAUUCUACACGACUGGCUAUCACUUGGCUGUCAGUGCCGACUCGAUCAUGAAUUUGGCUCAACACGCGCAUAGUAACCCGGGUAAACUGUUUACCAUGAACCUGUCGGCCCCCUACAUUAGCCAAGCCUUUUCCAAACAGCUUCUGGAGGCCUACCUUUACGUGGAUAUACUGUUUGGUAAUGAGACGGAAGCCGACGCUUUCGCGGAGUUAAACGGAUGGCCGACUAAAGACCGGAAAGUGAUCGCCAAAUUGGCCGCUGAUAUGGAGUGCCGGCGAAAAUCGGGCCGAACUGUAGUCAUAACUCAGGGAAAGGACUCCGUUUUGGUGGCAAAGACUGACUGUCCGGAUGUCAAGGAGUUUGUGGUGAAAGCAGUGGACGAAAGCCUAAUAGUGGACACCAUCGGAGCGGGCGAUGCAUUUGUGGGCGGAUUCUUCGCACAGUUAGUCCGGAACCGGGAGUUAGAGGUUUGCGUCGAGAGUGGGAUAUACGCCGCACAACAAGUCAUUCAACAAAUCGGCGCUCAUUUCCCGAAAGACAUGACUUUUGAUAAAUAAUUACAAAUAUA